AUGGCAGCCAAGGUUAUAUUCCUAAUGGCAGACGACGGCCAUGACCCUACAGAAGCCGCGAUUCCCUGGAAAAUCUUCAAGGACGCCGGAUUCGAUGUCUCCUUCGCUACCGAGUCCGGCAACCCGCCCAAAUGCGACGACAAGAUGCUCAAGGGCUGGACUGGCGCCGUGCUCGGGGCUUCCAAGGCCGCGAAGCGCGCGUACCGCGACCUCUCUAACACAUGCGAAGCGUUCCAGCGGCCGCUGGCCUGGACGGACCCGUCGUUCACCCUGGAUGGGUACGACCUCGUCUUCCUCCCCGGUGGCCACGAGAAGCGGGUGCGCCAGAUCCUGGACUCGGCGAGGGUCCACGACCUCCUGGCGAGGUAUUUUCCGCAGACGCGGAAACCGUCCCGCAAGGCGCUGGCGGCCAUCUGUCACGGCGUGCAGGUGCUGGCCCUGUCGACGGGGCACGACGGGAGAAGCGUGAUCCACGACACCGUCACCACGGCCUUGCCCGCGUACAUGGAGCAGGGCAUCUAUCACGCCACCAGGGUCUUUCUGGGCGAUUACUACAAAACCUACGGGGCGGGAACGGAGUCGGUCGAGGAAAUCGUCAAGAAGAGGUUGGGAGACAGGGCGCAAUUCAAGAACAGCUGGAGCUUGGGUCCGUAA